AUGGCUCUACGAUACACGACUAACAAUCGAUUAUUAAACAAUGCAUCUCUUCCAAAUAAAAAAGUUGCACCAACAAUUUUAGAUGUUCCUGUACGUUCAUCUGAAGUCGAGGAUGAAACAACUGUUCCAUUUAAUAGUUACAAACAAGAAAAACUUACAGCAGGCAUGCGUGCUGCUGACAAUCAUAACUAUCGAGAAGCAAUCAAACAAUUUUCAUUAAUUAAACCAGAUACAACUACUUCAUUAUAUCUUUCUGGUUGUUCUCGACUUGAACUUCAACAUUAUUCAGAAUCACAAGAAGCACUUACUGAUUUUGAUAAAUGUUUUGAAUUAUUAAAACAUAGUGAACGACCACCAUUUGCUUUAGAAUUAUGGUACAAACGUGGAUUAGCUUAUCAUAAUAUUGGGAAAUAUGAAGAUGCCAUUGAAAAUUAUACUGAAUAUAUAAAUCAAUCUAAUGCUAUAGCUGAAGCAAUUCAUAAGGCUCUAAUAGCACGAGGAUUGACAUAUCAAAUUAUAUAUGAACUUGAUAUGGCCAUGGUAGAUAUGAACGAAGCAAAUAAACUAACAUAUUAUAGAAAUCCAUAUUAUUUAUGUUGUCGAGCAAGUGUUAACAUAUCGAAAAAUGAGUUUGACAAAGCAGAAGAAGAUUUACAAAGAGCUUAUAAUGUAGGUUGUCAUGAUAAUGUUGAAGGUUUAUUUAAACGAGGAGUUGUUUUAGCUGAAUUAAAUAGACAUAAUGCAGCUCUUGAAGAUUUUAAAAAAGCUUUAACACUCAGUGAAAAAUCUGCUCAACAAUCAGAUAUUUGCUUUCGAUGUGGUCUUAGUGAAUAUACUCUAAAUAAUAAAGAACAAGCAUUACAAUGGUUUUCACGAGCUAUUAAUGUACAUCCUUAUCAUGCUCAAGCAUAUUAUUACAUGGGUAUGAUGCAAUCAGACAAAGGACAAUAUAAAGAUGCUUUAAAAUCAUUAAAUCGAGCACAUGAUCUAUCUCCUGAACAAAGUGAUAUUUUAUUUCAACGAGCAAUUGUCAAUGAACAUCUCGGUAAACUUGAUGAUGCUGCACAAGAUAGAAAACGUGGAAAACAAAUUAAUAUGUCAGACUUUGCUAUAAUUACAAUGCUUGUAAAUCGUAUAAAAACAUUACAUGAAGAAAUAAAUCGUACAGAUUCAUCAUCACCACGUACUCAUCUAGAAUUAGCUAUGGCAUAUGAUGGAUUAUUUGUUCGAAAGAAAAAUUUAACAACAAAAUUAACUUAUUAUAAAAAAUCUAUUCUUGAAUAUCGUGCUACUAUUGAAACUGAUACAAAAAAUUUAUAUCCACAAGCACAUGCACUUAUGGUACUUUGUCAUAAAAAAAUGAAUAAUCUUGUUGAAGCACAUGAAGUACAUAUAGAAUUUUAUAAUAUCUUAAGCAAACAUAAAGGUGCUAUAUAUCAUUGGAAAACAUAUCUUUUAGAUAUUAAAGAUAAAAUGGAAUCAGAUAAACUUGAACCAUAUUUAGAUAAAAAUGAUGUUAGUAAAUUAAUUUCUAUGGAAUCUAAUCGAAGAAAACAAAAUGUUGAUCAAGAAACAUUUCAAAAUGAUAUUGAUGAUAAAUAUAAAAAUCAAUUAAUAUUUUAUGAACGAUUACGUAUUAAUCUAUCGAAUAUACUUGCAGCUAUUAAUAUAUUAAAUCUUGAUCGUGAUAGUAUUAUUGAUAAUGUUAAAAAUACAUCGAAUAAAGUUAGUAAAAUCGUAGAAUUAUUAAGUGAAGGUAUAACAUCUAUUACUGACAUUGAAUCAAUAUUAAAUAGUGAUACAAAUGUCAAUACAAAUGUACUUCAAAAAACAGAUUAUGAUAUUAUAAAAAUGAAAUUGAAAUCAAUUGGAAAUGUUGGUGAUAUGACGGAUCAAUUAGAUAUUGCUCAACUUGUUGCUCGACAUUUAUGUACACGUUAUCGUUUACAACUUAUUUGUCUUAAACCUCAUAAUGAUAAUAUUAUCUAUAAUGAACCUAUUACAAAUAAAUCAUCAUCUCAAUCAUGGGGCUGUUGUAAUAAGAGUCGUGUAAUUUCUCCAAAAGAACGAAUAUCUUCAUAUGAAACUGAUACAUUUAAGAAAAUUAUAACAUUUGCCAUUGCUUUUAUUAUUAAGACACUUAAUAGUGAAACUGUUAAAAUUUCAAAUGAAAAAUCAUCAAGAAAAGAUGCAUUAGCAACAACUCUUGUUUUAAUUGUAUGUCGUGCGUAUUCAAAUAUUGAUAUAAAUCGUUUUUCAUCGUCUCGUUUUAAAUAUACAACUAUACCUAUUGACUUAACAAUACUUUCUAAAAUGUUAGAAGAUUCACAACAUACAAACGAUAGUCAAAAUACAUUGCCCAUAGAAUGGAAUUUAUAUGAUUUCUUUCGUGCACCUGGUAUCUAUUAUCGUCCUGAUGAUGAUAAUGAUGUUGAAAAAAUUCUUUAUUAUGGUUCAGAUCCAUCAAUGAUGCCAAAUAUAUAUGGUUAUCGAUUAGGAACACUAGAAGAAGUUCAUGUAUUGAAAAAAUUAAAUCAACUAAAUAAAUAA